AUGAUCCGGCUGGGUAAGUCAUGAUUUUUUUGGUUUUGUCUAUCUUUUUACUCGUGCUGAACGAAAAUAGAAAUUUUGAGAGGGUACCUGAGUGUCAUAUUGAAAUUUUGCGAAGAUACUUUAAUAGCCCGCACAUACUAUAUUUCUCUAAAGACUCUUGCUUGCUUUCUCUAAGCAAGCCGAGACAUUCGGCAGUCUGUUUUAAGAGAAACUAAGCAAAUUGAGGAGGGUGUCCUAGGCAAGAUGCGUUUUUUCAAUAAAUUUUAAAAUUUAUCUGGUAGGAUCAUGAUUUUCUCGGGAAAAGUUUUACACCUUAUUUUAUUGAGGUCCGGAAUUUUGAAGUCAAAAUUAUUUGUCUCCAGGACCUCGGAGUAUCGGCGAAGAGAGUCGGCAUGAAGCCGACACCCUCUAGAAUGGCGGUCCGCCAGUUUGACGCAAAUUUAUAUAGCAAUACGCGUAGGCCUGAGGAAACGCAAAUAUCCUGUCCUACUCCUCUACAGCGAAAAUUUUUGAAGACCGCCAUGGCAGAUAUCGUAUAAGGCCGCGCUUGCCCGAAUCGUGUUAGCUGGGCCUGGUGGAAGACCUGAGGCUGCGCAAACUUUCCGUCAUUUGUCCGCAGGGGCCAGACCAUAUCUUCCAUGAGGGUCUAUCCUCAGUUAGCCAGCUAGAAAAGUCGAGGUUCCGCUAAAAAACUGGGUAAACCUAUGAAUUCUUUUCAAAGCUCACUCGUAUUUUGAAAAAUUUUCAGUAAUAUGUUGUCUGCUGACUAUAACCUCGAUCUCAUCGCUUCCAAAGCAACAGAGAGCCAACUGUGACAUCAACCCAAAUCUGCCAUUCUGCGACAAUACAGAGGACAAUGACAUGGUCGCAAUGAAUAACGAUGAUUCGAAGGAUCAAGUACGCUAAUUUUUGGAGCUAAAGAUUGACAUCAUUUUUGAUUUUUUAAAAUUUUAGAGAGCGUGCCACCUGUUGCGAAAGGAGUAUUAUAUGAGUUGCACGGGCAAGACGAAAAAACGCGAUGAGUUUUGUGCGGCCUACGAGAAUAUUUGCACACGUGAAGGGCUGGAAGAAUUCGGCUUAAACGAUGACACAAGCUCGAAAAGAACGAAGAAAGUGAAGAAACGAAAGACAAAGAGGCCCGCGAAGAAAAGCACGACAGCUACUACUGAGGCUCCAGAGGAUGAUCGAAAAGGUAAUUUUGAGGAGAAAUUCUACUACGCCGUGUUUCCAAAUUUUGUUUUCUCCAUCAAAAUUGGUAUUUUUAAUCCAAAUUUCGACUAAUUCUCCUUUGUCCCACCGUAUCCCAUAUUUUAUCCAAUUUUUUUCAGCCUCCGGAAAAGUGGACCAAUCCUCUUCGGACACCUCAAAGCGCUCAACAAGGGCUCCUAAGGCAACAAAGUCCACAAAGAGACCCUCAUCGGCGGUAGAAGCGGCCAAGGACUACACGGACUUCUGCGCCGAAUACAAACGCCGAUUCCUCUACGUGUGCCCGGAUCCUUUCAGAUUCGGCGAACGCGCUGCAAUCUUCUGUCCCGUCUACUCGGAGCGAUGUCAUGUUCCAUUGCCUGACAAGCCGGUCGUUCCCACGGAUCCUCCGCCUCAGACGAGCGAGGAUAUUGUAGCGCAAGGCGCGCAAAACCCAUUCGCUCAGCAGAUCUGCGCGCAAUACCGCGGAUUCGCCACGAACUAUUGCCAAAACCCGACGGCAAUGCAGAUGCCGGUUGUCCGGGAUGGCUGCGAUAAAUAUCGAAGGUAUUGCACGGAUCAGCGGCAAGCAACGCAAGGGUUUACUGGGAACUUUGGUCCGACUACUCAAGGGUUUAGUGGCAACUUUGGCCCGUGGAAUCGACCGGUCGCACAGCCUCAAAACUUUGUUGCCCCAUGGAGCACUCAAUUUGCGGUGAAUCAGCGGCCUUUUUAG